UUCUUUUUACUAUAUAUCCUCUGGCGUUGUCCACUGGUUCAUAUAGAUCUGCCGACUCUUUUCUUGAUUAAUUACGAUGGCGAACAUAAUAAUCCCUGGACUGCCUUUUUGGACUGCUCCGGAACCGGCUACCGAUGAGGUUCAACAAAUAUGCAAUGACAAAAAGCAGGAAAUUGAAAACAUAUUGGGGAGAAAUUCGGAAACAUUUGUCGCUCUGCUGCACAGGAGGGAAAUUAUGUGCGGUUCAACCAAUUAUGUGGUAAAGAUACUUAUUGGAAGUAAAGAAUGUGUUCAUGCAAUGCUUUCUCGGAUGGAAAUUGAAUUCAAAACUGACUUUACAGUACGAGCAGUAAAAGCCGACAUGACGCGUGCUGACGACUUGAAUCCUUUUAGUGAUGGAAAAUUGUGUAAAUAAAUUCAUUUCUAGAAAUGUGAUUUUUGGAAUAAAGAAUACUUUGUAAUUCUAACAAAACUGUAAAAUUAAUAUAAUAGUCGAAAUAUAAAUAGGAAACGGUAACACUAAAGAAUACAUUUUAUAGAUCCUGAUGAUUUGAUUUGGGAUGAUCGAUAUAUGAAUAUUGCCAGAAAAUAUAGAACAGAAUAAAGAUACUCACAAACUUAA